CUGUUUUCUGUACUCCCAACUUUUGAUGAAUUUAUAGGCAGCUGGUUAGACUACGAUUUUGUCCCACCCUAUUUUUCUUCGCUAGAGUCUAGAAAGAAGCGAGGUUUAGACGAUGAUGAAGGUGUUACUGAUGAUGAUCUCAAAAUACCAUCAGAUGUAGAAGUUUCGCAGAUCGACUACAAGUACUAUGUAUUGGAAACUUAUACAAACAGGUCAGAUAUGGUGAAAACUCACUACUUUGACAUUGAGGAGAUGCUAAAGAAGCCUGGAACUGUUGGAAACAUAAGUCAUCCUUUACUCUCCAAGAGCUACAGGAGGGCUGUGGCUGCGAGAAUACAGUUCGAAUUUCCCUUUUAUGGAUUUAGGAUGAAAAAUUUGACUAUUGCUACAGGCGGUUUUUCUUAUGUUGGAGAACAGUUCCACAGUUGGCUUGCGGCUACACAGUACAUUGCCCCACUCAUGGCGAAUUUCGAUACUUACGCAGAGAAUUCAACGAUUAUGUAUGCUGACGAUGGAGAGAAGUUUGUGAUUGAAUGGAAAAACUUACAGCUAAGGACCCAAAAAACAGAUGGAUAUUUCACAUUUCAACUUUCUUUGCACAAAAAUGGUGAUAUCUGGUUCGUUUAUAUUGAUAUACCAAUUCCUGUUGGAAAUAUCAGCGGUUCUCACCAUCCAGUGAAGAUUGGUGUAAGUGAUUUAAAGUUACAUGAUCAAAAUUUAAUUCUUUAUGAAUAUCACCGUAUCGAGGUAGACCCCAAAUUUGUAACUUCUAAUACAGUUAUUCGAUUGAUUGCACAACCAGCUUGUAUCCAAUAUCACACAUGUGAGGAAUGUUCAAAUGCAACAUUAUCUCAUUUCAAUUGUUCUUGGUGUCAUUCGAAAGCGGAGCAUGGAGGGCCGUUUUGCUCUGAUACUGCGGGUUUACAUAGACGUAGACAACAUUGGUUGGAUGCGAACUGCAAGAACAUUGGAAAAGUCACAUAUUGCAGCAGUGAAGAUGAUUACAAAGAGGUCGAGGAAGAAACACUAACGAGUCCACCUGACAAUCCAGGUUGUUUUAUAUUUCUUUUAAAGAAUAGCGCCAAAACGGAUGAUGAAUCUAAAACUUCGUUAAGUGCGGGAUACAUUUGGUUAUUUGUCAUUUUUAUACUGAUUGCCCUAGUAGUAUGUUGGUUUGCUUAUGCCUAUUUUCAUCCACAAACAGCUUCUGGACAAUUUUUAAUCAAGUAUCGUCUUUCUCAGUGGAGGAUGCCUUCAAGCCACGUUCGCUAUAGUGCGUCUGUGCACAUGUAA